UAUUACUGACCACUGCGCGCCGCUACAGAAUGAGUCCAAUUCUGCCAGCUCGAAGGCACGCACCAGUGCAGGAUUAAACAGUGGUAACAGCGGAACACCCCCGGAUCACCCAGCAAUGUGGUACUUUGUGGCACUUUGCGUAGUGCUGUUGCUGUUAUGGCUUCACCUGGAUAACUUGAAGCCCCUCAAUUUCCCGCCCGGUCCCAAGUGGUACCCGAUCGUCGGGAGCGCUCUCUCGAUCAUGAACGCACGCAACAAAACCGGUAUGCUGUGCAAAGCGGUCGAGCAUAUUGCCCAGGACUAUCCCGACCACCGUGGUGUGAUCGGCUUCAAAAUAGGGAAGGAUAAAGCGGUCAUGGCGAUCAAUGCCGAGUCGCUGAAGGAGAUGAUGAACAACGAAGACUUUGACGGGCGGCCCACCGGGAUAUUCUACGAAACGCGCACCUGGGGUCUACGGCGCGGUGUGCUGCUAACGGACGAACAGUUUUGGCAGGAGCAGCGCCGUUUCAUUGUGCGCCAUCUGAAAGAGUUUGGUUUUGCGCGCAAGGGCAUGACGGAAAUCAUUCAGAACGAAGCGGCUCACAUACGCAAGGACUUUGAGGAGCUGAUCGCGAAGGGCCAGGGUAAGGCGACGGUGCAGAUGCAGGGUGCCUUUUCCGUCUACGUCCUGAACACGCUCUGGCUGAUGAUGGCGGGAGUUCGCUACAGUAAGGAUAACGACGACCUAAGAUAUCUGCAAGCGCUACUGCACGAGCUGUUCACCAACAUUGACAUGAUGGGAGCGCUUUUUAGCCACUUCCCUUACCUUAGAUUUGUGGCGCCCAGGCUUUCGGGCUACCGGCAGUUUGUGGAGAUACACGAGUGCAUGCACAAGUUCAUCGGUGCCGAGGUGGAGCGGCAUCAGAAAAACUUCAACCCAGACGACGAACCGCGCGAUCUGAUGGAUGUGUACCUGCACACGCUGCAAAACAAUAAUGCACCGUCGGACAGUUUCUCCCGCGAGCAGCUGCUGGCCGUUUGUUUGGAUAUGUUCAUUGCCGGCUCGGAAACAACCACCAAAACGCUCGACUUUUCCUUUCUGUACAUUGUGCGCAAUCCGAAGGUGAUGCGGCGGAUUCAGGAAGAAAUCGAUGACGUCAUUGGUCGCAAUCGGCUACCAACUUUAGAGGACCGUGCAAGCAUGCCGUACAGUGAAGCUACAACACUCGAAGGACUUAGACUGUUCAUGUCGAAUACGUUUGGUAUUCCACAUCGAGCACUCAAAGACACUACUCUGUGUGGUUACCACAUUCCCAAGGACACCAUGCUUGUGGGCAUGUUCCGCGGUAUGAUGCUCGACGAGAACCUGUGGGAAAAUCCGACCCAAUUCAACCCCGAGCGUUUCCUCAAGGACGGAAAAUUACACAUACCGGCCCAGUACCACCCGUUCGGAGUCGGCAAACACCGGUGCAUGGGUGAGCUGAUGGCGAAAAGUAACCUUUUCCUGUUCCUGACCACAACGCUGCAGUCGUUUGAUCUCUUGUUGCCGGAUGGAGCACCCAUACCGUCGGACAUUCCGAUUGACGGUGCAACGCCUAGCGUUCGGAAAUAUCAUGUCGCCAUACGGGCCAGGCACUAAUGGUUGUUGGAUUGCAAAAUAUCGUGUCGAUAUUAAUUUGUUCUAUAAGUCUGUUUCAAUCGGUUGACGCAAACAAAUGUUUGAAUUCCGUUAAGUCCGUGGCGAGUUUUUAAACAAUUAAAGCAACACACUUAAAUAUGUUUCCCGUGA